GGCCCAACCAAAUUCGUUCCCAGGCCUCAGAUCCGCUCGCGGCUUCCUCUUUUCUUGCUCUUCCCCAGAUACUCUUCUCCUUCUACACCACACAAUGUCCUCUUUCAUCACCCGUCGCAUCGUCUCCGGCGUCCGGCAAGACGUCGCCGCUCUUCUGCGGAGUCGCCAGCAGAUCGUUCCCCGACGAGCAGGCCACGCCCUCGCUGUUCACCGUGACACUCCCGAAAACAACCAGUCCAUCCCCUUCGAAUUCACUCCCGAGAACCAGGAGCUCGCGAAAUCGAUAAUAGCAAAAUACCCCAGCCAGUACAAAAAGGCCGCCGUGAUGCCGCUCCUCGACCUCGGCCAGCGCCAGCUCGGCUUCACCUCGAUCUCGGUCAUGAACUACGUCGCGAAAAUGCUAAACAUGCCUCCCAUGCGCGUCUACGAGGUCGCCACCUUCUACACAAUGUACAACCGCACCCCCAUGGGCAAGUACCAUCUCCAGGUCUGCACCACCACCCCCUGCCAGCUCUGCAACUCGGACUCAAUCAUGCACGCCAUCACCUCGUACCUCAACAUCAAGCCCGGCGAGACCACAAAGGACAAGCUGUUUACCAUCUCCGAGGUCGAGUGUCUCGGCGCCUGCGUCAACGCGCCCAUGAUUGCCGUCAACGACGACUUUUACGAGGACCUCACCGCAGACAGCGUCGUCUCCAUCCUCAAAGACCUCCAGAGCGGCGUCGUCCCCAAGCUCGGCCCUGUUUCUGGUCGUGACACAUGCGAGCCUUUCUCUGGUCGCAAGACCCUUUUGGCUGAUAAGCCUUAUAGCGGCCCUGACGUCACCCGGUCGGACUUGUAGAUGUGCAUGCCAUGAUUUUCUAUUUUAUCUUCUUUUCUUGCUUGUCGUUCGUUCUGGGUCAUUUCUGCCUUCUUUUUUCAAUUACUUCAUUUAGAGUAUAGGUUUUGAUAUUUGCAUUUUAUACGACUAAUACAUAUAUACUUAAACAAUAACAAUAAUAAACAAUAAGCAAGAUAUAGCA